CAAAUCGACUCUCUGGAAUGUGACGACCUGGCAGCCCGGAGCACCCCAGGCGGGGAGAGCCAGCCAAAGACCUGGAUCAUCAGAAAAGCCCUUACUGAGGAAAAACGUGUCUCAACAAAAACAUCAGCUGCAGAUCUUGUGACAGAAACAGAUCACCUUGUGGAAGAUUUAAUCAUUUCCGAGUUGCGGAAAAGGUUUCCUUCACACAGGUUCAUUGCUGAAGAGGCCGCAGCCUCUGGGGCCAAGUGUGUACUCACCCACAGCCCAACCUGGAUCAUCGACCCCAUCGACGGCACCUGCAACUUCGUGCACAGAUUCCCAACUGUGGCGGUUAGCAUUGGAUUUGCUGUUCACCAAGAGCUCGAAUUCGGAGUGAUUUACCACUGCACAGAGGAGCGGCUGUACACAGGCCGGAGGGGGCGCGGCGCCUUCUGUAAUGGCCAGCGGCUGCGGGUGUCUGGGGAGACAGAUCUCUCAAAGGCCUUGGUUCUAACAGAAAUCGGCCCCAAACGUGACCCUGCCACUCUGAAAUUGUUCCUGAGUAACAUGGAGCGGCUGCUGCACGCCAAGGCUCAUGGGGUCCGCGUGAUUGGAAGCUCUACCCUGGCUCUCUGUCACCUGGCCUCGGGGGCUGCAGACGCCUACUACCAGUUUGGCCUGCACUGCUGGGACCUGGCAGCCGCCACGGUCAUCAUCAGAGAAGCAGGCGGCAUUGUGAUAGAUACUUCGGGUGGACCCCUCGACCUCAUGUCUUGCAGAGUGGUUGCUGCCGGCACCCGAGAGAUGGCGAUGCUCAUUGCUCAGGCCUUACAAACUAUUAACUACGGACGUGAUGAUGAGAAGUGAGAGGGUCCAGACACCAAGAGUGACGUGCUGAGGCUGGCCUUCCUGGGACGCUGCAGAGGACAACUCCCUGGGGAGGGAGCUGCCCUAGCACCUGGGCUCCACUGCGGGCCAGGUGUCUCACUACCCCAAAGGGAGAUGUCAUGUUCAAGUCUGUGGCUAGCCUUGUUAAACCCACAUCUUUGUCCGGGAUCUGGUAUUUAGGUGAUUUCUCUCUUUUCUCUCACAUAGCCUUUUCCAGCUUAGUCUUAUAUCAGGGCUGAAACCCAGCCUCAUGAGAUACAUAUUGAUUAUCCAUUAUUGUCUUUUUUUUCUUUUCCAGAAUGCGAAUCUCAGGUAAUAAGGCUUUAGAACUGCUGAUAAAGCAGACUUGUUCUCAGGCCUCCCCGUGGUCCUUCAGAAUGCAAUAAACUAAAGUGUCGGUGC